AUGAGAGUGGAAGAAGGACCUGAGGGACCUUCGAAAUUUGUCCCCAUGGAACACCAAGAGGUAGCAUGGGACUCGAAGAAGGACCUGAGGGACCCUCGAAAUUUGGCCUCAAGGAACACCAAGAGUAUAGGAGGCACUCCUUACUUCGCAAGUAGCAUGGGACUCGAAGAAGGACCUGAAGGGACCUUCGAAAUUUGGCCGCAGGGAACACCAAGAGGUAGCAUGGGACUCGAAGAAGGACCUGAGGGACCUCCGAAGUUUGGCCUCAAUGAACACCAAGAGGUAGCAUGGGACUCGAAGGAGGACCUGAGGGACCUCCGAAGUUUGGCCUCAAUGAACACCAAGAGGUAGCAUGGGACUCGAAGGAGGACCUGAGGGACCUCCGAAGUUUGGCCUCAAUGAACACCAAGAGGUAGCAUAGAACAUUUGGACUGGAAGAAGGACCUUCGGAAUUUGGCCUGUAAGAACACCAGUAGGCAGCAUGGGACAUUGGGUCUGGAAGAAGGACCUACGAGAUUUGUCCUCAGGGAACACCACGAAAGGAGGACCUUGGGUGCACAGGGUGAAACUAUACAGGUUUGUGGAAUAAAGGAUGACAGGAGGAGGGAGUUAUAAUGCUUUCUCCUUUACCUAUUUUUCUUGCCUUUGAUUCUAUUGGUUAGAGUUGUCAGACUGGUCAGUUGUUUAGAAGCGUGUGUGUGUGCGUAUGUUGGAA